AUGAAUACAGUGGCAUGUUUAUUUUCCAGUGAAAGCUGGGAAGAAUGUGCUCAGCGAGAAACCUUGGAAGAAGCAGCUCUUCACCUGAAAAAUGUUCGCUUUGCCUCAGUAGUGAACUCUUUCAUUGAGAAAGAAAAUUACCAUUAUGUUACUAUAUUAAUGAAAGCUGAAGUGGACUUGACUUAUGAUUCAGAACCAACGAAUGUGGAGCCUGAAAAAAAUGAAGGUUGGGAGUGGGUUCCAUGGGAAGAAUUCCCUCCAGUAGACCAGCUUUUCUGGGCACUCCGUUGCUUAAAGAAACAAGGCUAUAAUCCUUUUAAAGAAGACUUGAACCAUCUGGUGGGAUACAAAGGCAAUCAUCUCUAG